CAUGUAGCUCUCAUCAGAAACGUGGCUUCAGUGCGUGAACUCUUCGUGUUUCCGCUUUCUAGCAGUUUACUUACACAGUAACACAGUAAAUAUUCUUUGUCUUAACCUAGACUCGAACGCUGCCCUUUUCCUCUCCUCUCUUUCUUUCCGUUGGAUUGGAGGCCGCGCUUCUGGAACCAGUUCGUCAGCUACCACAUCAUUCCCUUUCCUGCAAUGGCGGAAGCUGCAUCAACCGAAACUCCAUCACUAUCUGAGCAAUAUUUACUGAAGAAGAAAGACGAGAAUUCUGAUGUAGGUUCAAAACCCCUGGAAGCAAAAGAAGAGGUGAAACCUGAAACUGCCAUUUCUGAAGAGAAAGCGGAGGAAGCACCAAUAGCUGCUUCUGAAGAAAAAGUGGAAGAUACUACUGCUGCUGUUGCUGAAGAGAGCACUGAAAUUAAUCCAGCUGCCGAAAACAAUAGUGACGAUGCUUCUGCUGUGGAGACAGAAAGCAGUGAGACCGUUGAACAGCAAAACUCAGAUGAACAAGAAGCUGCUGAUGAGGCACCACAGAUAAAGCUGGAGACAGCCCCAGCUGAUUUCCGUUUCCCAACUACAAAUCAGACAAGGCACUGUUUUACCAGAUACAUUGAAUAUCAUCGGUGCAUAGCUGCCAAGGGGGAAGGUGCUCCAGAAUGUGAUAAAUUUGCUAAAUAUUAUCGUUCUCUUUGCCCCAGUGAGUGGAUAGAGAGAUGGAACGAGCAAAGGGAGAAUGGAACCUUUCCAGGCCCCCUGUAGAUGGUUCUUGUUUGAAGAAUCUUGUACUUUUUGUUUUCUCCUAUAUCCAUGUUUCUACUACCGGAUGAAUUUCUUCUAUGAGAAGUAUAUUCUUAGGGAAUGCCCUAUUUGAUCAGGGAGUUAAUAAGAAAUUUUGGCUUGUCCAUUAGAACUGCAGCUGGAGUCUGACUACAGAAAAUGUUGCUGCAACGUGAUCUUUUGGAUGAAGCUUCAUUCUCCCCUUAACUGUCAUGUAGUGAUUGUAGUUCAUGGUUUGAACCAAACCAAACUGUUAAAAGAGUUACUUUCUACAUAAUAAAAGAUAUAUUGCAUCUUGAUUA